AAAUGAUAGCAUUUGGAACCUAUUUGGUACUGAGGUUGUCAGAGGGUGAACAUGAUGAGAUGACGUCUGGAAGCAACAGUGAAGGUGGUGAGAGUGGCGAGUAUGACGGCCACCGUGGUGAUAACGGAGAACAUGGUGGGGAUACUGACCACGAAAGUGGAGAGCAUGAUGCAGAUGAUGCAACCCGACGACCCGGUAGAGGAUGGCCAAAUUGGCGCCCAGAUGCUACUGUUUUUCCAAGAUGGCCAGAUUGGCGCCCAGAUGGUGCAACACGACGGCCCGAUGGAAGAUGGCCAGAUUGGCGCCCAGGUGCAACCCGACGACCCGAUAGAAGAUGGACUUGGCGCCCAGAUGAUGCAACCCGACGACCCGAUAGACGAUGGCCUUGGAGCCCAGAUGAUGCAACCCGACGACCCGAUAGACGAUGGCCUUGGAGCCCAGAUGAUGCAACCCGACGACCCGAUAGACGAUGGCCUUGGAGCCCAGAUGAUGCAACCCGACGACCCGAUAGACGAUGGCCUUGGAGCCCAGAUGAUGCAACCCGACGACCCGAUAGACGAUGGCCUUGGAGCCCAGAUGAUGCAACCCGACGACCCGAUAGACGAUGGCCUUGGAGCCCAGAUGAUGCAACCCGACGACCCGAUAGACGAUGGCCUUGGAGCCCAGAUGAUGCAACCCGACGACCCGAUAGACGAUGGCCUUGGAGCCCAGAUGAUGCAACCCGACGACCCGAUAGACGAUGGCCUUGGAGCCCAGAUGAUGCAACCCGACGACCCGAUAGAGGAUGGCCAGACUGGCGCCCAGAUGAUGCAACCCGACGACCCGAUAGACGAUGGCCUUGGCGCCCAGAUGAUGCAACCCGACGACCCGAUAGAAGAUGGCCUUUAA